GCGGAUGGGAGGACGGAGAGAGAUGCUCAGUCCGGAGUAAACCCUGGAAACAGCAGGAGCCAGGUCAUGAGUGCAUCUAUACACCCUGUGACACAAAUGGAGUUACUCCGGGACGCACAUUCUUCUAAAAACCCUCAUUUUCGGAUGCGUAUGGAAAUGAAUGACACUUCUGUGCAAUACGCAACUCGGAAUCCGUGUUCCUGAUCUUUCGCUGAACAGGUGCGCAGAAAGCGCAUUGCCGUGCUUUUUCGCGCAGAGAGAAAGAAACUUCGUUCGAGUUCAUAAACACGGUGGAUUUAAGCUGCUUCGCUCGAAACAUUUUACGGAAAAUUAUUUUUGUCAACACUUUUUUUUUUUUUUUUUUUUUUGCCAACAGUGAUAAAUGUAAUUUAAAACAAAAAUAAAAACUUGACGAGAGCACCUAACCACGACCGGCAGAGGAUGCAGAGCAUGACAGAAAAACACAGAAAGCACUGAAUUGUACGGAAAUGCAGAUGAAAGCGUAGAAAUGUACUGAAAGUAAUUGGCUGUAUGAUGGAGCGCUUUGAGAAUCAGCGGUUCUUCCUGAGGAUUUCUCUUCUCUGCAUUAUCCUAUGUGAGUCAAUCUCUUGUUGUGAGAAGACUCAUUCACACGCUGAAGAUGAACUCUUUAAAAAGCUGUUUGAUGGAUACAACAAGUGGUCAAGGCCCGUACCAAACACCUCUGAUGUUGUCAUUGUCAAGUUUGGUUUGUCUAUUGCCCAGCUGAUUGAUGUGGACGAGAAGAAUCAGAUGAUGACAACAAAUGUCUGGCUAAAGCAGGAGUGGAACGACUAUAAACUACGCUGGAAACCUUCAGACUUCGACAAUGUGACUUCCAUCAGGGUUCCGUCAGAACUAAUCUGGGUCCCGGAUAUAGUUUUGUACAACAAUGCAGACGGAGAGUUUGCGGUGACCCACAUGACCAAAGCCCACCUCUUCCACACAGGUAAAGUGCGCUGGGUACCACCUGCCAUCUACAAGAGCUCAUGCAGCAUCGAUGUCACCUUCUUCCCCUUUGACCAGCAGAACUGCAAGAUGAAAUUCGGCUCGUGGACUUACGACAAAGCCAAGAUCGACCUGGAGCGCAUCGAGAACACGGUGGACUUAAAAGACUACUGGGAGAGCGGCGAGUGGGCCAUCAUCAAUGCCGUGGGCACCUACAACACCAAGAAGUACGACUGCUGCCACGAGAUCUACCCAGACAUCACCUACUUCUUCAUCAUCCGCCGUCUGCCGCUCUUCUACACCAUAAACCUCAUCAUCCCCUGCCUGCUCAUCUCCUGCCUGACCGUGCUGGUCUUCUACCUCCCGUCAGAUUGCGGUGAGAAGAUCACGCUGUGCAUCUCGGUCCUCCUCUCGCUCACCGUCUUCCUGCUGCUCAUCACUGAAAUAAUCCCCUCCACCUCGCUCGUGAUCCCGCUCAUUGGCGAAUACCUCCUCUUCACUAUGAUCUUUGUCACCCUGUCCAUCGUCAUCACCGUCUUCGUGCUUAACGUCCACCACCGCUCGCCCAGCACUCAUAAGAUGCCCCGUUGGGUUCACUCAGUCUUCUUGGAUUUGAUCCCGCGGUGGUUGUUUAUGCGGAGACCUGCACCGGACAGCCGUCGCAGGCAGAAACUCCUCCUCCUGCAGCGGCAGGGCCAAGGAAUGACGUCACGGGUGCUUGGACCGGCAAACGCGACCCUCAGUACAUCUACCAGCUGGUUCAGAGGGGAGGAAGAGUCCCGCAGACGCUUCUGUUAUAAGGACUUAGAACUGGGAACGCUGUCCUCUGCGAUCUCGCUUUCACUCCAGACCCCUUCGCCCUGCCCUCUAGCCACGACUCCGCCUACUCUGCAGAAAUUCGGCCCUUCCUCUAGACUGGAGUUGGGCCUGGCUUCCAGGCAGCUUGGUGGAAGAGUUAAUGUCACAAAGCGGCCUGACAACAUGAUGCCAGACAACCCGGGAUUCCCCCUGUCCCCCAGUGUCCUGCAAGCUCUGGAGGGGGUUCACUACAUAGCAGACCACCUGAGAGCAGAAGAUGCUGACUUUAGCGUAAAAGAGGACUGGAAGUAUGUUGCUAUGGUAAUAGACAGAAUCUUCCUGUGGAUGUUCAUCAUAGUUUGUUUGCUGGGCACAAUCGGACUUUUUCUUCCGCCCUGGCUCGCGGGCAUGAUCUAAAAAACACCUUAGUGAGUAUACUGUAUGAACAAUAAGGACUUCUAACGUUUAGGCUUCCACUGGAAGAACGCCCCUUCUAGCAGGGAACGUCACGCAUGGGGUCAGAUGCAUGUUUGACAAGGAACGCGGCCUCAAAUACCUGACAUUUUCUUAGGUCAGUUACUGAAAGGAAAGUCACAUAUUAAAGGAAGCUUGUCUAUGCUUGUAUUUGAAUGUAUAACCCUAAAUAUUAUUGUAAAAAUUAAAAGUGCCAACUGGAAAGGACUACGUUAAUUUAACUGAUUACACAAAUAAAAGCUCUGAGGUGGCUAUUUC